AUGAACAUCCAAGAAAAAAAUGCCGAAGACAAAUUCGACCUAAAUUUCGAUUAUUGGGUCCGUCUUAUCAAUUUGCCAUUUUCGAUUUUUGGAAUAAUUAUCAAUAUUUAUCAUUUUUGGAUUUUAUCAAAAAAAUCACUUCGAGACACUCCGGUUUUUAUAAUUAUGAUGGUAAUUUGUGGCUCGGAUUUGGUCCAAUUAGUGGCUUUAUUGCCAAAUGAUGCGAAGUACAUAGUAACCGUCAGUGUCCCAGGAUUUUGCACGGACAUUAAUCCAUUUUUUAAAUCAUUGCUCACUUUAAUUCAUUCUUUCGCCAAUGGAUUCACAAUAUUUGUUUCUUCUUGGAUGGCUGUACUUAUGGCAUUUUUUAGAAGUUUGUCUAUUAAGUUCGCAAUGAGUUCGUUUUCCGAAUAUUUCUCGAAAACUUCGACAGCUCAUAAAAUGGCAACUACCGUACUCUCGAUUGGUUUCUUCUACAACUUAUUAUCAUUUUCCUACGGUAUUCAACAAUUCGUCUAA